AUGCCAUGUUCUUGGCUGAGGACACUGCGGCAGGGUUUCCCAGAUUCUCUGCUUUUGCGCCAUUCUUGCAUGCCUGCAGCCUGCAGAUGCCAGGCGCCACAGGUUAUGCCAAUGGAGCGUUACUUGAAGCGCGCGCUGCGCGAGCGAAGUGUCAAUUCGUCGCCAUUGCGGCUAAAUGUUGUGCGGGCCACACUGGCAGACGAUCAAGACACAGGCGGAGAACCGGCAUCUCCUCCACCAACGCAGGUCAUAGCAAAACUGCCAGCCCUUGUGCGGGACGCUGCUUCAGGCCUGCGUGCCACACUUCUCGGAAUCAGGAGCGCAGCAACCCUGGCCAUGGGCUCAGAAUUUAGCAUCGCCAGAGGAUUGUCUGAUGCUAAUUUGAUCUAUAUAAUUUGCGGAGGAGGUAAGCUGUUGCCUCUUUUGCUCAAGUGGUGCAUGUGUACUGCAUACAAGUUUCCGUGA